UCUAUUGGCGAAUAGGGAAAACCGGCAAACCCUUGAAAAUUUCCACAAAAACCUUCGAAACUAGUAGUAUUUCUCUAUGUAUUGUCACCAAAAUGCAUAGACGAACGUCGUAGUCAUUCUUGUCCUUCUCACAAAUGUUUCAAGUGAUUUCAAAUCGUUCUGAGGGUAAAUUUGACGAGAACUUGUGUUAUCCCGGAAGUUGGGCGUUACAUUGUAAACUGCACAGAGCCAUUGGCAUUGUACAUGGUGUAAGCGUUUCACCUUAAAGGCGUUGCCGUGAUCCGGCUCUAGAACUUUAUAUUCAAUUAAACGAGGAGGCUAGCUCAACCUAAACACUUCCAAGAUGGGGAAAAUGUUAUCGAAGAUCUUCGGCAAGACUGAGAUGAGAAUUCUCAUGCUUGGCCUGGAUGCAGCGGGAAAAACAACUAUUUUGUACAAAUUAAAACUGGGUCAGUCGGUAACAACGAUACCCACAGUGGGAUUCAAUGUAGAAACAGUAACGUACAAGAGCACCAAGUUUAAUGUAUGGGAUGUAGGAGGGCAGGACAAGAUCCGACCUCUCUGGCGGCAUUACUACACUGGUACACAGGGUCUUAUAUUUGUUGUAGACUGUGCCGAUAGGGAUCGGAUAGACGAAGCCAGGCAAGAACUCCACCGUAUAAUUAACGACAGAGAAAUGAAAGAAGCUAUCAUCUUAAUAUUUGCCAAUAAACAAGAUUUACCAGACGCGAUGAGACCACAUGAGAUCCAAGAGAAGCUGGGACUAACACGAAUCCGCGACCGAAACUGGUACGUCCAACCAUCAUGCGCGACGUCAGGUGACGGACUUUACGAGGGACUUACGUGGUUGACUUCCAAUGCCAAAUCUUAACAAAAGUUGGCCCAUUUUCUACUUCUGUAUGUAGUGUAUACUUUAUGUACGGACCCUUAUGUUUUCCUCUCUUCAUUUUACUUGCAUUUAAAUGUUGAUCUGAAACAACCGGGGUGUGAGUUUGAACGGGGCGUUGACGGCGCCCCGCAAUGUCCCGAACGUUUUGGUUUUAAAAUCCCACCUGUUGAUGAGGGGACUUUGUGCCAGUAGGGAGGAGCAGAGUAAGGGAGGGGGCGGGGUGUUUUAGCCAAGCUGUAGUUGAGAGUUUAUUCAAAUCUGAAAUCAGCUGCAAGUGGUCACUAAGCUUCUGAACUUCAGGGAGAAUUGCAAAGUUCCAAUACAACUUGACAUGUUCUUCUUAGAAAGCCAGUUGAAAAUUGCGGAAAAGAGUGGAGUUCAAGUACUGUGAUGUAAUUUUGCAGCUUGGAAUACUUUGCCAUUCAUUCAGGAAUACAGGAGUCCAGGGGUCGAUUUCACAAAGAUAGUCCAAGGUAGUCCUAAUAGGACUAGUCCAAGGUAGUCCUAACUUAGGACUCUAGUCUUUAGGAGUUAAGGCUAGUCCUUAGGUAGGAUGAGUAACUCGUCCUAACACAGACAAGAUUAGUCUUAACUCUUUGUGAAAUCCACUCUUGGGACAUUUCAUCCUUUUUGAUUGGUCGUGAGGAAAUCCAGUCAAAAGAGGGCGCUAUCGCCUACUCAUUUGUUCCCUUAUUCAAAACUACAGUGGAUGAAAUUGAUCGGUCAGACAGUAGGAGGGUUGAGGUAAAACUAUGAGCUGAAACAGGUUGUGAUGAGGUGCCAGUCUCUCAGAGAUAGUUUCUCUCACUAUCAAUGUUCUUUCUUUUGAUACAAUUAUUGGUUGCACCCCACCCUUUUUCCUGCCCUUCCCCACUCCAGUGACAUGUCUCCUCCUGCCCCUUUCCUGCCCCUUUCCCACCCCUAGUGACUUGUGCCCAUUGCUCUGGGCAAGAACUAUUUACCAUGGGAACCUCAUACAUAACAGUUAUGUGCACAGUUAAGAUGUUUCCAUU